CCGAGUAGUCUGAGUAGACAGACUCACAGAGUAGUGUCUGUGUCGUUGUUUACAAGAUUUAUCACCAGCCAUGAAUAACAGCAGUCUUAUACAAGAACUGGAUUGUGUCCACAAAGACUUUCCUGUGUCAUCUGCUUUGUUUUUAGAGUUGGAGAGGCAGCCUGCCAUUUUAGGUCUAACCAUCACUGCAGCAGUUGUAUGUAUAACAACAGUGAUCCUGUACUUUGAGACAUUCCACUUUAUUCAUGGUCAUAACCAUCUAGAAGGAAUAAAAAUCAACAAACACAAAACUCUCAUCAUGUUGGGACUCUACCCGUUGGUCUCUUGUGCUUGUAUGCUGUCACUUGUAUUGCCACGUACAACAAUGAUUGCAGAGCUUAUGAUUGCUAUGUACAUGGCUCUGUGUAUUGUGAUGUUUGUGAGAAUGGUAGUGGACUACAUGGGAGGGUUUAAGGCUGUGUGUAAGGAGAUGGAGGGGGAACAGAUGUCCUUCAGAACUCCACCCUGCUGCUGCUGCUGUUGUUGUCCAGGGGUAUACAAGCAGAAAGUAACCAGGAGCAACCUAAGGAAAGUGAACCUGAUGACCUUGCAGGCAGCCAUAAUUCGACCAGUCAUAACAGUUUUAGCAAUAAUUCUGUGGGCUGAUGAACGCUACAUUUUGGGAGAGGAUAUGAGUCCAACUGCUGCCUCUUUGUACCUGAAUUUGAUUGGUGCUGUGUCCAGUCUGGUUGCUAUGUGGGCCAUGAUGGUCACAUUUAGAGCCCUUAAAGAUCGUCUUCAGGACUAUAACAUUGGCAAGAAAUUUGCAGCCCUUCAGUUGACCAUUGUGGUGGUCAACAUUCAAGGCUUUGUCUUCCAGAUUCUGGCCAAGUACAACAUUCCAGAGUGUGUCAGAAUACUGAACUCUACAGUCAGAGCAUACAGGUCUAACUACUUCCUUUUAAUUGUGGAAAUGCUACUUCUGAUGAUUUUUGCCCGAUUUGCAUUCAAGCGAAAGGAAGAGAGCUACAGGGCACAGAAUGGGGAGGUAAAUAAGACAGACAAACAGCUGGAGCCCCAAACCCAGCUCUAAACACAAUACAAUUGUCUUCCCAAUACCAACUAUAUCGUCUUUGAAAUUUUUUUUGUUAUGAAUCAUUGUUGAUUUUUUUUGAUACCAAUAUUGAUCAUGUUGGUUUUAAUAGAAAUUAAAAUUGUCUUUCUUUGAAUCUGAGAUUCAUGUAUGCAUGGGAUAUUGUGAUCUCUUCCAAAAAAAUGUUCUUUUGAAUUCCAGAUAGACAAAUUAAACAACAUUGAUAUUGUAUGACAUAAGUGACACAAUAAACUGACCAAACAGUAUACUCACAUUCAUGUUAGUGACACCAUCUAUCAAAAAGUGUUGUACUAUUUUAUAUUUUAUUAAUUAAUAUACUUAUUUUACCCACUUUUACAUACAUGUAUUUUACUUGCAGUAGGCAUGUUUUACAGCAAGGUGCUUUUGGUGUUGUUUAGCAAUGUAUUAUCCCUAUUGAUAACAAAUUUAUGUAGUAUAUUUUAUUUUAACAUGACAUAUAAAGAAUUUAUCAUGUAGUUCACAUUUUAUUUUGGAAAAUUAAAUCAUUAUAUUUUAUAAUCUGCCAGACAUGUAUUGAUUUUAUAACUUUCAUUUUCUGCCCAUAACACUGCUGUCUUUUUCUUAUCACAGAUGACAGACAAACUGCAGACUGCUUAGUGUAAGCUAUUAACACAAGUAGUGCUAGCUUCUAUAACUUUACAUAUAACUUUACAUAUAUAUCAUAUGUGUGACCUAGAGAUCAUUAGAGGUUGUGUAAAUGGGAAUUAUAAAGUUUAUUGAUACCAUAUUCAAUAAUGUGUGAAUUUUUAGUUGGUGUUUUCACCUGAAGAUGCAUGCAGCAUAUCUUAACUGCAAAAAGUUUAUAAGCAUGUUUGGUAAGGAAAAACAAAGUACACUCAAUUUAUAUAAGAAAAUGACAAAAUGUUGUACCAUAAUAAGUUUGGGAAUACAAUUACUAACCUUUGCAAUGGUUUGAUAUAAUAAAAUUACCUACAGAAACAAAUUCAAAAAGAGAGAAUGUUAUUAAAUUUUAACUGGAUGUCUUUUGGAGAAAUUAUUUUGUAGGGCCCAUAGACACUGAAAAUCUGGAAAAAUUGACAUUAAAGAGUUACUUAAAAUUUUGAGUUAAUCCAUUGGUUUCCCAUCUUUAUACUCAAGUUUUUCUAGGUGCCAAAUGUUUAUUUCGAUGUAUUGACCCAAAAAUAUAAGAGGGCAUUAGUUUUUGGCAGAAUAGGACGCAUUUUUCAGUGAUAUUUUUAUCAAUUUGUUUUAUUCAGGGUAGGCCUGCUGAUUUUUCGAAAGAUUAGCCAAGAUUUAGAUGAGAGCAGGUUUGUCCUAGGUGCAAAAAUGAAAGUGACUUGAAUAACUGUUCCUAUUACACCAUAUCUGUAAACACAAUUAUGAGAGUGGCAUCACCCUGGUUCAAAUCCCUUGCCAAACAUCUUUUUUUUUCAUAUUUUUAGGUCAUCUGAGUCAUUCAGGUGACCUAUUUCUAGCUGUUUUUGUCCGUUGUCAUGUGUUGUGCAUUAACAUUCGAACAUUUCCAGCUUUUUCUCUGGAACCAUCGAACCAAUUUUGGCAUAUAACAACUAUGGGUGAAGGGGAACAAAAUUUAUGAAUUUCAUGGUCCCUUAUUCCCCCCAUCCCUGGGCCUUAGGGGUGGGGCUAAAACCAUAAAAAUUAUUGCAAACUUCAAAAAUUUUCUUUACUUCUGGAUAUCAAGCACUCAAACUGUUGGCAUGAUUGUAAUAAGCAUUGAGCCCUCUACUAAAAUUAUAAAAUUCAAAUUCAUGGCCCCAGGGUCAGGGAUUCUGGUGUUAGGGUGGGUUUCUAUAGUUCAUAUAGAGAAAGUGCAUAAAAAUCUUCUCCUCUACCCCAGUAAAUGUAUAUUAAGCUGACAAACUACGUGCAUAGAUAUGAUGAGCAAGAGUGCCUUCUCCAAAAUUAUGAAAUCUGUGGUCACUGGAUCAGGAAUUCUGAUGUUAGGAUGGACUUUAUUGGUCAUAUAAUGAAAAAUGCAUUAAUUCUUUAAAUAUCUUCUUCUUUGCUUCUCGGUUUUUGGCAGACAAACAGAGUUCAUUGUGAUGAUAAGCAAGGGUGCCUUUUCCAGAAUUGUGAAAUUCAUGGCCCCUGCGUCUAUGGUUUUGGCAUUUAGGGCAGGACUUCUUUGAUCAUAUAGUCAAAAUGCAUUAAUUCUUUGAACAUCUCCUUCUCUGCUCAUGUGUAUUAAGCAAACAUACUAAGUGCAUAGUUAUGAUGGGCAAGGGUGCCCAUCAUAACUUUCAAAAUUGUGAAAUUCAUGGACCCUGGGUCGGGGUUCUGGAGUUAAGACAGAAUGCUUAAUAAUCAUACAGUGAAAAUGCAUUUAAUUCUUUGAAAAUCUUCUCUGCACUUGAGUAUUUAGCAAACUUAGUGCAUGGUUUUGAUGAGAAAGAGUGCUUCCAGAAUUGUGAAAUUCAUGGUCCCUGAGACAAGGGUUCUGGUGUUAGGGUGGUCCUCUAUUAUGAUAAUAUAUUGGAAUAAGAGAAGUUAUUCCCCCAUUGUUAUUCACUACAUGUAAUGGUAAUUUUAAUAAAAAAAAUUUUACAAGAAUUUGUUAUGUAUAAUCCAUAUAUUAAAAGUACUUUCAAAGUUUUUAGUAGUCAGGUGACUUGUAAAAUAAUAAAUGAAUAAAAAAUUAAUUAAAUAUUCAAAGACCAAGAUAUGGUAAAGGGAUUGUGCUGGUUGUUCUCUCUGAAUAUUGUGUUUUGUGCUAAAAACACUAUUGUGAUAAAGUGUAGAUUGCACUGGCCUUUUUCUCUUGCUUUUGAGUUUUGGGUUGUUUCGUGUUAUUAUAUAAUUAUUUACCAUUCCAUGGAUCCUUUACAGUACAUGUAUUAUACUCAGAUUUUGGUUAAGGCCCCUGGGCCUUUAAUGUUAAUUUCAAAAUUUUCAUAGGUGUGACAGAAUCAUGUGCUUCUUAUAAAUUUCUUUAAUUAACAGCAUGCACUGAAGUUAUGCUUGUUACCAAGGUUGAUAUAUCACUCCAUGUGUAUUUCAUUGUUUGAAAUGUACACCAUGUCACAAUCUUUCAUUAUUUAUAAAAGAAAUCAACCUCAUUUUCUGUACUCCCAAGGUAUUUAAGUGAUUAUGGGAACUUGUUUAUGCUUGUGAUUAAAAUCAUUUUAUUUGUAAACAGCAUUAUGUUGCAUUUCAUAUGUACAUGUAAAUGAAAAUUCAGUUGAACAUCAGUAUCUUGAACACUGACAUCUUGAAUACAAUGGAUAUGUUGAAGUGAUUUGUAAGUCCCAAACACUUAUUCUGUAAGUAUUUUCCCUUGGAUAUCUUGAAUCCUCAGAUAUCUCAAUUUUUUCCUCAGCCCUAUUGAGUUUGAGAUGAUGAGUUUUGAAUGUAUAUUCAAUUGAAUUACAUGCAUUAUUAAAUUGAAUUUUUGUAAUUGUGUUAAUAUUUUAAAAUCAGUUAAUUGUAUCAUAGUAUUAUUUUUUGAUAAUCAUUAAUAUGUCUUUUUAAUUUUACAUGAGAUGUAUUUUGUAUAUAUUUGUUAUUCGUUUCUUUGUACCAAGAAGGAUAUGAGGCAUUAUAUUUUUAGUUAAAUUAGUGUAGCAUUUACUUCUCCCACUCCGGCAUUUCCGACUUCAAGAAAUAGUCUCAUGGUGCUACUUAAAAGCUUAUACUCUGUGCUGUGAUGCAAUAUUAUCAAUUUAGAGGAUAAAUGUUUUUGCAUUUUCUGAGCUAGCCUUUUCCCGUGUUUAACUAAAUAUUUUGUAUAACUUUAGCUUGCACUAAAGAACAGUCAUGAUAUUGUGUUCAAAUUGAGAAGUUAGAUUUUGACUGUGUUACAUAUAUAUAUUUACAUAACAAUAGUCAAUGAAACCUCUUUUGAAAUACCCUGGUAAUCCAUGACAUCUUGGCUAGCACCUUGUAUAUAAUUAAAAAAUAUGCAAAACAAUAAAUUGUUG